GAAGCCCCUGAUAAGAGUAUAAGAAGGCACCACUGCGACGUUUGAAACUGUCACUUCUGGGCAGGACACAAACCUUCACUAAGCAGCUUGAGUAGAAAAAAUGUUCCCUAUCUUGUUUUUGGCUUUCGUUGUAGCCAUCAAGGUAUUCAAGAAGACUACGCCUAAUGGCAAGGUCACUGUCUACCUGGGCAAACGAGACUUCAUUGAUCAUCUAGAUCAUGUGGAUCCUAUCGAUGGCAUCAUUGUCGUAGAAAAUGACUACCUCCAAGGACGAAAGGUUUACGGCCAGGUGACUACUACCUACCGUUUUGGCCGAGAGGAAGAUGAAGUAAUGGGCGUAAAAUUCAGCAAGGAAUUAGUUCUCUGCCGAGAUCAAAUAGUUCCUUUGAAAAAAGAAAAGCAAGAAACGACUGCAAUCCAAGAAAGAUUAUUGAAGAGACUUGGACCAAAUGCCUAUCCAUUCCUCUUCCAAUUUCCUCAGAACUCUCCGAGCUCUGUUACCCUUCAACCUGGAGAUGACGACCAGGGCAAACCAUUAGGUGUUGACUAUACCGUUAAAAUUUUUGUUGGAGAGAAUGAAGAAGACAAGGGCCAUAAGAGAUCAUCCGUGGCAUUGACUAUUAAGAAACUACAAUAUGCACCACCAACACGAGGACGUAGACUUCCAAGCUCUCUUGUAUCAAAAGGAUUUACCUUCUCUCAGGGCAAACUCAAUUUAGAAGUUACACUUGACAAAGAAAUAUAUUACCAUGGAGAAAAGGUGGCAGCUAAUGUAAUAAUUACAAAUAAUUCUAGGAAAGCAGUGAAAAACAUUAAGCUUUUUGUGGUGCAACACUGCGAAGUUACUAUGGUCAAUGCUCAAUUUUCACGACAUGUUGCUAGCUUGGAAACUCGUGAAGGUUGCCCAAUUACUCCUGGUGCAUCCUUUACAAAACAAUUUUACCUUGUACCUCUGGCUAGCAGCAACAAAGAUCGCCGUGGUAUUGCUCUUGAUGGACACCUUAAGGAUGAUGAUGUAAACCUUGCAUCUUCAACCAUGGUACAAGAAGGUAAAUGCCCUGCGGAAGCAAUGGGUAUUGUUAUUUCUUAUUCUGUGAGAGUAAAAUUGAACUGCGGCACUUUGGGAGGUGAACUGAUUACGGAUGUUCCAUUUAAAUUAAUGCAUCCUGCUCCUGGAUCUAUUGAAAAAGAAAAAGCCAUGAUGAAGAAGAGCAAGAGCAUCGAUAGAGCUCGCUAUGAAAAUUCUUGCUAUGCAAACGACGAUGAUGAUAAUAUUGUAUUUGAAGACUUUGCACGCCUACGCUUGAAUGAACCAGAGUAAAAUAUCUAUGUAUAUAUUAUAUAUUUCUCAAGAGAAUCUUAAAUUUUUCAAUAGUAAAAUAUCAAGUAUUACAGAAAAUAAAAUAGAAAGAAUUUUGGAUUAAUAUCUGAAAAAAAUAGGAUUCUUUUGAUGAAAGAAAUAGGCAACUUAUAAUGAAAAACUAGGCAAUCAAUAAGGUAAAUUGUUAAUUAUAAAAAUAUUAAAUUGUGAUCAAUCAACUAUUUUAAUAAAUACGUAUAAUUAUUACAUGCAUAUUAUGGAACGCUAAUAGAAAAAAAAAAAAUAAAAAUAUAUAAAAAAAGCGAAAACGACAAUAUGAAAAUAACUCAUGUCGUCAUGCAA